AUGGCCCUUGUCGGGUUGCGCAGCCUAGACCUGCCGCUUAAAGCCAGCCCAACUGACUGGCUGAGUGCGAGCCCAAGCAACAUCGUCACACUAAGCAGGAAGCUGCACGUCUACUGGGGGACAGGAGUGCUGCCCGAAAUGCUGCGAAGACAAUUCUAUCCUAAACUCCUGAUCAUCGAUGAAGCGACAUUCUUCAGAGACCCAGAAGUAUUCUACGCCCUCACAAAGCUACCACAGGCUAUCAACAUCCUGCUGGUAGUCCUUGUCAAUGAGGCAAGCGAAUACGAACAACGUGCAGAGAAGAGAUCUUCAAAAGCAAAGGAGAAGGAGGAGACCUCGGCUAGCAAAUACCUUACGGUAUGCAGAAUUUAUCUCCACAGAGGUCGCCCUGAGGGACCUGCAGGAGGUGCUUCCACCGAUAGCGAUUUGUCGUCGGCGACUCUUCUUGAGGAGCAGCACACUGGCGAAGAGAUAGCCAAUCAGCACACCAGUUACAGGCUUACUGAGAUGUCGGUGCUUCCUCUUUUUGAAGUCAACGAAACUGUCGUCGAAAGCACUCCACCUGAGGAGCAAGAAGUAAACCGACGCAUCCAAGCCCAGGCUGAGGGCCCAUGGGUUGAAGAUCCAAUGGAGAUCUUCCUCGAGAACUUACCGCAUGGAAGAACCAUGAAUGACCUCCCAGCCAGCGUUGGACAUCUACAGCAGCAUCUCCACGGUGGUCAGAUGACACGAUCGAACGGUGCAGAUGUGAUUCCAGAGCAGAAACAUCAACAAAAAUUGCGCUAA